GACCAUCACUCCUCCUUCCUUCCCCGAUGGAAGCAGCAGCAGCGGCAGCAGCACCACGCCCGCGCGCCACUGGCGGCCUCACCGCCUCCACCGCAGGCCCGCACCGCGCGUGCAGCAGCAGCUGGCGCCCUCGCCAACCGCGCGCCGCCUCCUCCUUCUCUUCAAGCGGCGGAGGCCCAGCGGAUCUAGGGUUGCUCCCGCGCCUCCGCCACUCGCCCUCCUCCGCGGGGAGGAUAGCGGGCGGGGCGCCGCCCCCGCCGGUACGGGCCCGGGACUCCCGCGCCGAAUGCGCCGGUCCCCGGUCGAGCGCGGGGCACGUCGGGGUCAACCUAGAAGGCGAGAACAGAGCUUUGGAGAUGUCGUCAACUGUGCCAAAGUCAUCAAAUAUCUUCUGGCAUGAUUGCCCAGUGGGCAAGACUGACCGGCAAAAUCUACUGAAGCAGAAAGGGUGUGUUGUUUGGAUUACAGGCCUUAGUGGUUCAGGUAAAAGUACCUUGGCAUGCACAUUAGGUCGAGAGCUCCAUACAAGAGGGAAGCUUGCGUAUGUUCUUGAUGGCGAUAACUUAAGACAUGGUCUUAACAAGGAUCUUGGGUUCGCAGCUGAAGAUCGUGCUGAAAAUAUACGCAGAGUUGGUGAAGUUGCAAAGCUAUUUGCAGAUGCAGGUCUAGUGUGCAUUGCUAGUUUUAUAUCUCCAUAUAGGAGAGACCGAGAGUCUUGUCGUGCACUGUUGUCAGACGGUAGUUUUAUUGAAGUUUUCUUGAACAUGUCCUUGGAAUUGUGUGAAGCAAGGGAUCCAAAGGGCCUUUACAAGCUUGCUCGUGCAGGAAAAAUAAAGGGGUUUACUGGUAUUGAUGACCCAUAUGAAGCGCCAUUAAAUUGCGAGAUUGAGAUCAAGGAAGUGGAUGGCGUGUGCCCUUCGCCUUCCGACAUGGCGACACAAGUGAUUACUUAUCUCGAGGAGAAAGGCUUUCUGCACGAGUAGACGGUGACGGAAGCCAUGAGCCUGUUGUCAUGCUAUAGAGAGUAUUUCUACUAGAUUAGCGCCAGAAUAAGUCAAGCGCUGGCAGUUUUUUUUUCUGUGCUUGUUCAGAUUUAUUGUGUGCGUUGAUCUGUCUUACUCGUAGUUUCUGUCCUUUUAACUUAUCUUAGCCGCGCUAGGAAAAUGUAUUGUGCAAAUUGCAAUGGCAUCCAGAGCAGCAGGGGUAGUAGGAGUUUGUUGCUAAUUUAUUCGCCUUA